GAUGAACGCGUUAGACGGCCACGCGUUUCACGCCGGCGUCUGCUCCGUUGUGUUCUCUCGCGGAGCACCGAGCGAGGGAAACCACAGAUUUAACACGACGGGGGAAAGUGUGCUGCGCCUGACGCGUUCACCGUGGCACGCGGGGAUGUGGAACCGGCGCGAGUCGUGCGCGUUCACAACAACAAGGAGAAAACGGGGGAGGGAGGGGGAGGUCGGUGUCAGCCUCCAGCAGCGAGACAUUUCCGCGCAGGUGUCCUUGUGCGCGAGUGCGUGCGUGCGCGUGCGUGUGUUUAUUCUGACACCUCAGAGACGAGACCCGAGCGCAAGCAGCCUAAUGCCGCCGAAGGGGGAGUGGAAGCGCAUCAAACGACGCACGCUUCAUCUGCCACGGCAUCCGAAAGCAGCGGCGUCGGGAGCGACGCGCUAGUCCCGGAUGAGAGACCCCCGCUGGGCGAAGACGCGCCGCGAGAGCUCGCUGCCACCGAACCGGAGCCGCGGCGCGCGGCGCGUCCUCGGGCGAAGCGACGCGGCGAGGUGUCGUUCCCCUCGCGGAUUAGUGGCGUUUGCCGCGGCGGUGGACGUUUGCCGUCGACGCUGACGGCUCGAACGCUGUCGCCAGACGAGCCCCCCCCCCCUCCUCGCUUUUCUCCUGCUGCAGAUGUGGCUGACGGAGGAGCGCGGCCUGUGGGUGGGCGAAGCGGCCAUCGGCGGAGACGAGCGGUAACGGCCCCCGAUGGGCACUUCCACGGGAUUUACCAGGCCAUGGAUGCCAUGUUACAUGAGGAUAACAUAAACAAGGAGGAGCGCGUCCGCUGAUCUCUCUGCAUUUAUUCUGCUGCUGGAGAUGGGACUGACCUAGUCGGACUGGACCCGAGGCACGCGUGCCUCUCCCCACACGGACCCACCAGGCAUGGACGUGAACUGCACCGACGUUCCCUGGGGGCCCGGCCCGGACGCGGCCCCCUGGUCCCCGGUGGCCGACAGCGCGGUGAAGAUGGCGCUGAUAUCCCUCAUUGUGUGCGCGUCGCUGUUCGGCAACGUGGUGGUCCUGCUGGUGUUCCAGAGGAAGCCCCAGCUCCUCCACGUGGCCAACCGCUUCGUGCUCAACCUCCUCCUGGCCGACCUGCUCCAGACCGUCCUGGUCAUGCCCUUCGCCAUCGCCACGGCGGUGCCCGGCGUGUGGCCCCUGGACGCCCGGCUGUGCCAGGCCCUGGUGGUGCUCAUGCACCUCUUCGCCUUCGCUGGCGUCAACACCAUCAUAAUCGUGUCGGUGGACCGCUACCUGGCCAUCAUCCACCCGCUGUCCUACCCCACCCGCAUGACCCCCCACCUGGGCACCAACCUCAUCAUCUGCACCUGGGUGCUCAGCUUCCUCCAGAGCACGCCGCCGCUCUACGGCUGGGGCGCCAUCGCCUUCGACCCGCGGCGCCACGUGUGCGCGGUGGUGUGGUCCUCCAGCCUGUCCUACUCCGCCGCCGUGUCCACCUUCUCCUUCUGGCUGCCCGUGCUCGUCAUGCUGGCGUGCUACUGGAUGGUGUUCAGGGCGGCUCGGCGGCAGAACGCCCUCGUGCACCCCGUCCAGACGCAGGCGCUCUCCCGGGCCCGCCCGCAGGACUUCCAGGGGCCCGGCAGCCCCCAGCGGCCGGGGGGCGGAGCCGACGACCGCGGCUCCGCCCGAGGGCACGCGGUCCGGGUCCGGCACAGACGCUUCCACUACCACUGCAAAGCGGCUCGCGUGGUUUUCGUGAUCAUGGCCUCGUACGUGCUCAGCAUGGGGCCUUACAGCAUCCUGAACACCAUCUCCAUGAGCGCCAGGGCGGCCAUACCCGCCUGGCUCUCCUCCCUCUCCCUGGUGCUCUUCUUCUUACAGUGCUGCCUGCACCCCUACAUUUACGGCUACAUGCACCGCAGCGUGAGGAAGGAGUUCCUGGCGCUGCUCUGCGGCCUCUUCUGCAAACGGGGCCGGGCGCGGCAGAGCUCCGCCGCGGAGAGCUGCUUCACCACCACGGAGGGCCGCUCGGGGGCCCACGCCGUCCGGGUGGUCCCCCUGCAGACGUGGGCGGAGUGCACGACGUCCUCCUCGCCCACGUGCGAGAGGAGGUCGCGGGACAGCCGCAAGGAGACCACGUCCACCAGCAUCGGCUCCGAGAGGGAGCUCGCGCUCCACAGCAGGCGCAGCACAUGAGCCGCCUGCACGAGCUCCACAGCCCAUAGUCUUACUUGAAGUCUGUGCUCACAUAGAAACUAACAGGCCUUCUGUACAACAGGGUUGUCCACUUAGGAAGAAUCACAUAAAUGAUCAUUAGUAUAUUAAUUGUUUACAUUUUUUCAUAGAAUCAAGUAGUAUUGUUUUAUUAUGAAGUGUUGGUUGUUGUUAGGGCAUUUUUAAGAGUUAUUAUAUCGGCCAUUUGUCAGGUUGUCUGCUAUGAUUUGAAGGUUUAUUACUAUUUUAAAUGUGCAAAGACUGAACUAGCAUCUUUUACAAAAAAAAGUAUUUUAAAAGAAGUUUUAAACUCAGCUGAUGUUUCAUUUGUUCGCUCACUUUUUAACCCAAGAAGUCGUUUCUGACACAGUAUUAAUGUGGAUAAUCUGCACAACUACUCUCUCCUCAGGAAAUGCCCGCUGAACAAACUGCAGCAUCCGUCUCCAGUCCCGCAACCUGUUCAGUUGGUGAACACGUGCUCUCGGCCCCCGGUGCAGUGACUUAAUAAGCCAGAGCGCCGCUUGUUGUGCCUGUCAGUUACAACACACACACGUCUGUUUCCUGGAGCUGAGAACCACACACGCACUUUUGUCUUAGCCUUUGUUGCUGGAAGUCUUAGUCGACGGGAUUUUGUCUUGCGUUCAAGUGUCACUGUUUAUUUGAUGCCUUUCAAAUGUCAGCCGCUCGGAGGAGAUGGCAAAGUGUGAUUAACAAACAGAAUGUGUGCUGCUUAAUGUCAUCUGCGCUACACAAUCUAUUGUAACAGAUUUUUUAUGUCAUCCGAACACGUUUAAAUUUGUAAAGAAGCCUCCUGGCGCUUAGUUCAUAAAAAAGGCGACGUGAUGAGUAUUAAUCAAAGUGUUAUGUGCUUGACAUGACUCAUUUUAGAGAAAUACAAUCAUUGAGAUGUUUAGAAAAUGUGUUGCCAAAGGAUGUCGCAGGUUCAGUAUUUGUGUUUCAGAAAAGAUAAACACUCAUUUGGCAAAACCUUA